UCACAACAUGGCGUUGAAGCGCCGAGAGACACGACGGCUCUCCCCUGACUAAAACAAGUGCUUUGUCAAGAAAAGAACCAGCAAGUGCACUGCCGAGGCAAGAGGGCUGAAGCUCCACUCCACACGCUGCGUUAGGCGCUGCCGGGGACAAUAGUGGAUUCCAAAGUAUGCAGUUCGCUGUAACGGUAUAGCUGGUUGUAUACGCUGCACGCUGCUACCCCACUGGUGGAAAUCAAAGGCUGUACAUGGCGGUGGAGAGUACUAUUUAUCUGCUCUGUCUGCUUUCACUCUUUUGUGGCCCAUCCAGACAAGAUAAAGCUAUUUCCUUGGAACUGAGCUGUGGAGCCGGUCCUAGCCAUGUAGUGAUAGAGCCGGGAGUGCCUGUGCUGCUAGACUGUAGCCUAGGCUCCAGUGAUAGCCCCCUGAACUUCACCUGGCUACAGGAUGGCCGACCCCUGCCUCUGGAGGGGGCAGACUUCCUCCAGUACCUGCCCAAUGGCUCUCUGCUGCUGCUGCCCACUGCGUCUGCGGAGGUGGAGGGCGCCUACAGCUGUGUGACUGCCAGUGCCCACGGAGCCCUUAUAAGCCGCGCCGUCAGCAUACUUCUUGCAAGUCUGUCCCACUUUCAUCAAGAGCCUACUGCACAGACAGUUCCUGCUGGAGGAGUGGCCCGAUUUGAGUGUCAGAUUGAGGGAAUCCCUGCUCCACUCAUCUCUUGGGAGAAGAAUAAAGGGCCGGUGCCACAUGACCCAAGAUUCAUUUCUCUUCCAAAUGGAGUGCUUCAGAUUGUGGAGGUGAGCCCAGAGGAUGAAGGCUCUUACCGCUGUAUUGUAUCCAACUCUGCACGAAGAGACAUCAGUCAAGAGGCCACGCUAACUGUCUCCACAGGCUCUGAUGAGGCCUUGGGCAGAGUGGUGAUUGUAGCACCGCCUCAGAAUGCCACAGUAGUUCUUGGUCACACAGCCGUGAUGGAGUGUAUGGCACAAGGCCAGCCCAAACCCCUGGUCUCCUGGAGCAGGCAAGAUGGAAAGCCUGUUUCCACUGAUGUGGUCGUCCUGGCAACGAACUUGGUGAUCAGGGACACAAGGCGUCAUCAUGCUGGGGUAUAUGUCUGCAGGGCUAACAAGCCCAAGACCAGAGAGUUUGUGAUUGCAACGGCUGAGUUGCAUGUUCCUGCUCCUCCAGUGAUCCUGCAGCCUCCAGAGUCAGUGUCCCUGUCCAGAGGUAACACAGCCAGGUUUGUGUGCAACAGUUCUGGAGAACCAGCCCCAGUGUUACGAUGGCUGAAGAACGGUCAGCCCCUCCAGCCUUUCAGACGCAUGAAAAUCCAGAGCCCUGGAGUGCUGCUCAUUAACCAGCUGGCACUGGAGGAUGCAGGCUACUACCAGUGCAUCGCAGACAAUGGCCUGGGCACAGCCUGUGCCACUGCCAGGCUCACUGUUAUUGUGCGAGAGGGUCUGCCCAGUCCCCCACGCCACCUACUUGCCACCCCUCACUCCAGCACCACUGCCCUCCUCACCUGGGAGAAACCUGAGUACAACUCAGACCAGAUCAUCGGUUACUCUGUGCACUGCCAAGGGGCUGCAGGUUCUGAUAAUGUGGAGUACCAGUUUGCAAUGAACAAUGACACUACUGAGUAUUACUUCAAAGAGCUUCUUCCUCACACUGCCUAUACAUUUUUUGUGGUGGCUUACUCACCCAUGGGUGCCAGUCCACCUUCUUUGCCUGUCACUGUUGAGAUGCUGGAAGAUGUGCCAAGUGCUUCACCCCAGCUGUCUAUAGCCAGCUCCUCACCAACAGACAUUCGACUCAUGUGGCAGCCAUUGUCUACCCAGCACAGUAGAGGGGCUGUGACCCGCUACCGCAUUGAGUACAGUGCAAUGGACCAAAUGGACAAUAUCUACUCGGUGGAGGUGGGAGGUAAUGAGACCCAAUUUACUCUGAGAGAGUUGCAACCCAACCAGACAUACAGGCUGAGGAUAGCAGCUGGAACAGGCAUUGGUUUUGGAGUGUCAUCUGAAUGGGCCCAGCACCAAACUCUGGCCAACUACAACCAAAGUGACCAGAGCUUGGUCAUCUUCGCACCUACUGAGCUGAAAGUCAGAGCCAAAGUCAGUUCUCUCAACGUCACAUGGCACCCAUCGCCUAAUCACACGGUGGUGUCAGGCUACAAGUUGUCCUGUCAGGAAGUGGAAUCGGACGACACCUCCAACGGCCAUAGACCACUGCUGAUGCACACAAUCAGGCUACGCAAGAAGGCCAGAUACCACAUUCUCACUGGUCUGGUUCCUGACCACCAGUAUGAGGUGAGGGUGUGGGCAUUUACUAAACAGACCGAUGGAGCAGCAGCCGUGUGGAAGGGACGCACAGACAAGACUCACAACAGGACACCCUGGCCUCCUCCCCGACCUCCUCCUCUGCCCCCAAGUAUCAUCCAAGCCCUGGCUAACAGCUCCACCUCCAUCUGGCUGCGCUGGGAGAAACCGCGUUUCAGUAAUGUCCGCAUCAUCAACUACACAGUGAGGUGCAGCCCUUUCGGAACCACCAACGCAUCCCUAGUCUCCUAUCACACCAGCUCUGUGCAGGAAAUUCUGCUGGGGGAUCUGAAGCCCUUCACUCGAUAUGAGCUGGCAGUGCAGUCUAAUGGAGUGGACGUAGCAGGGCCCUUCAGUAGCACUGUGCAGGAGACCACCCUGUCUGAUAAGCCUUCCUCUCCUCCAGAGGAACUGCAGCUGAAUGCACUCUACACAUCCUCUGUGCUGGUGAGCUGGCGCCCCCCACUGCAACCUAAUGGUAUCAUCACCAGCUACACAAUAUUGUACAGCACCAACAUGAGCCAGCCAGAGCACACGUGGAACAAUGUUUCUCAGGAUGGUACCAUAACCAGUGUUGAGAUACGAGGUUUGACUAGUGGGACACAAUACUUUUUUAAAUUAGGGGCAUCGACUGAGAUGGGCCCAGGACCUUAUUCUCCUGUGAAGGACGUGAAUAUCCCGUAUAGUAUUCUACCAGAAUUAGACAUCCCUACAGUGACCGGAAUCAUUGUUGGUGUGUGCCUGGGGCUCAUCUGUAUCCUCCUCUGCAUGUGCUUCAGCUUCCGCAACAUCAAGUCCAGGGAGCUAUCUGGUGGCUUGGACUCCACAGCUGUUACUCCUCAGUUCAGGAGAGGAGCUGGCUGCCAUCUUCCAUCUAAUGUGCCAGAGUGCAGUUACAGCCAUGAACUGGAGACACUGAUGCCUCCAGGCAGCCACGAGUGUGGUCAUCCACUGGCAAAGGCCCCAGAGGAGCAGCGGCUGAUGUCUAGUACUCACUCAGGGGGAGGGGAGGAUAGUGUCCCUUCUGAGAACAAGGCUUGGAAUGGGUCAGUCAGUCAUAACUGGGCCAACAGAAUCACAAGCUACAGAGAUACUGUCACAGACGUCUCUCCGACAGUAGUUAAUGGGGUCCCUAACAUGCUAAUGAAUAAGAAUGGCACGGACAUGGACGGUGUGUCUGCAUCAGCGUGCAAUAACCAGGUCGAGGCAGAAGUCAUAGUUCACUCUGAGCUAUCAGACCCCAGCGGAGCACACCGGGAGGAAGGCAGUAAGAGAGAGGAGUCCAGCAGCAGCUGUACCAGGGGACUGUCGUUAUCAGAGGACACAUACUCUCCUCUAAGCCAGUGCAGUCCACAAACAGAGGAGAAGCCUUCACUGGAACAAACAGUGGUCCAGAUCCCCUCAAGUGUUCCCUCAAUGAAGUCCCAGUGUUACCACAACGGGGAGUUGGAGGGCAUGGGAGGGGAGCUGGAGACAGACUCAGAGCUGCAACAGGACACAGGUCUCACCAAUGGCUUCCAUUCACCUCAGACUGUGUGCUCUGUGCUGACAGAGCAGUUAGAGAACGGAGAGUCCAGACACUGUCCCAGUGCUGCAGGCAAGGCUGUGUCUGUGGGCCUGGCCUCUGCCCCAUUUGUCAGCUCGGGACUGGUGCACGCUACCUCAGCUGUCCACACGUACUUGUGCCCAUAGUCCCAUGUACCCUUAGCAUCAGGGCACACACCUCCCAUUCUCUACUUUUCAACCAUGGUACAGCAAGUUCAUUUACACACCUCAUUGUUA